AUGUUGCGAGUCCUCCUCUUGGUCCUGUCUCUGAUGUACUGCGGAACUGCCGCGCCCAGCGCACUCGGGGUACGGACCAGAGGUGAUGGCCGAAUAAUCGGGGGAACCCCCGCCGACAUCGCCGACUACCCGUGGAUGGCCUCCUUCCAGAGAGUGGGUUGGCACUACUGCGGGGCUUCCAUCAUCAGCAGUAACUGGGUGCUGACAGCUGGCCACUGCCUGCAGGGGCUGAACAUCGCCAUAGUUUCUGUCAGAGCAGGCACGUCGAUCCGCGAGAGCGGUGGUGUCGUCCUCAUGGCUUCGAGCGGUGCUGUGCACGAAUCCUUCUCCACGUUAACAGCCGACUAUGAUAUUGGGGUUAUACAGGUGGAUGGAUCUUUCCCCAUCGGCAGUAACGUGGAGGUCGUUGACCUCCCGGCUCAAGGCUACGACCCACCGGGAGGCCUCGCUGUUACCGUUACCGGCUGGGGCAGCACAGCAAACGUAGGUCCCUCGGCCUCCUCCCUGUUGAAGGUCGACAUCAGCGUCAUCGACCGCGCCAGCUGCGUGGCCAGGUUUGAAGCUACAGACCGUAUGAUCUGCGCCGGCGAGGCCGGCAAGAGCACCUGCAGCGGAGACUCGGGUGGUCCGCUGGUUAGCGGCACCACGCAAGUCGGCAUCGUCUCCUGGGGCAGGGACAACUGCGAGACCGACGGUGGCGUGGAUGGAUCUUUUCCGAUUGGCAAUAACGCAGACAUAGUUGGCCUUCCUGCCGAAGGCUAUGACCCACCAGGUGGCCUCGCAACCACCGUUACUGGAUGGGGCAACACGGUCCCCGGAGAGCCGUCGCCCUCUUCCCUGCAGAACGUCGACAUUAGUGUCACUGAUCGCGCCACCUGCGUGUCCAAGUAUGGGCUGACAGACCGCAUGAUUUGUGCCGGCGGGGAGGGCAAGAGCACCCGCAACAGCGACUCCGGUGGCCCCCUGGUUCGUGGCACCACGCAAGUCGGCAUCGUCUCCUGGGGCAGGGAAUAUUGCAAGACCGAUGGUGGCGUGUACACCAACGUUGGAAACCUCCGCUCGUGGAUUACAGCAGUUGCUGUUAUCUAA